AUGUACCAGGAGGUGGCCUUCCUGGCAGGCAGCACCGAGCACCAGUUCACCAGCUACAGCUUUAAACAUGUAGAGAACCCACAGGAGGUCACCGCCAACAAGGGUGUGUUCUACAAGCGAGCCCAGCUCCUGCUCCACCCUCAGCCCCACCAACAGGGUGGAGAUGAUGGGGCAGCCAUUAUCAAUGUAGGGGGUAUCAAAUACCGGAUCCCCUGGUCAACGCUGGAAGAGUUUCCCUUAUCAAGGCUGGGAAAGCUGCGCAGCUGCAGCAACGAGGCCGAGAUCAUGGACGUGUGUGACGACUAUGACUGUAGCUGCAAUGAGUAUUUCUUUGACCGAAGCCCGUCGGCCUUCCGCACCAUCGUCAGUUUCUUGGCGGCAGGAAAGCUGCGGCUCCUGAGGGAGAUGUGCGCCAUGUCCUUCCAGGAGGAACUGCUGUACUGGGGGGUGGAGGAGAAAGACCUGGACUGGUGCUGUCUCAGGAAGCUGCGGCUCAGGCAGGAGGAGUUCAAGGAGCAGCAGAGACUGGAGGAGGAGGACACCGAGCUCACAUCGCCGCAGUCCUGUGAGGAGAGCCAGCAGCCUCCCGGAGCCUGGGCUCAGGAGGAGACUCGUAAGGAGAGCUGCAUGCACAGACUGAGAGACAUGGUGGAGAACCCCCAAUCUGGCAUCCCAGGGAAGAUCUUCGCCUGUCUGUCAGUGAUAUUUGUAGCCAUCACUGCUGUGACCCUUUGUGUCAGCACCAUGCCUGACCUCAGGGAGGAGGAGGAGAGGGGUGAGUGCUCCCAGAGGUGCUAUAACAUCUUCGUGCUGGAGACGGUGUGCGUGGCCUGGUUCUCCCUGGAGUUCCUGCUGAGAUUCAUUCAGGCGCCGAGCAAGUGUGGGUUCCUGCGCACGCCUCUAAACGUCAUUGACGUGGUGGCCAUCCUCCCCUACUACAUCACCCUCAUCGUGGACUCUGUGUCGGUGGGAGGCAAACCCGUGGGCUCAGGGAACAACUACCUGGAGAAGGUGGGCCUAGUCCUCAGAGUCCUGCGAGCUCUGCGGAUCUUUUACGUGAUGAGGUUGGCCCGACAUUCCUUGGGUUUGCAGACCCUUGGUCUGACAGUGAGGAGGUGUACACGCGAGUUUGGCCUGUUACUGCUGUUCCUGUGCGUGGCCAUGGCCCUUUUCUCCCCACUGGUGUUCCUAGCCGAAAGCGAAUUGGGCGCCAAGCAGGAGUUCACCAGCAUCCCUGGGAGCUACUGGUGGGCCGUCAUCUCCAUGACCACGGUGGGCUACGGAGACAUGGUGCCCAGAAGCAUCCCUGGCCAGGUGGUAGCGCUCAGCAGCAUCCUGAGUGGCAUUCUCCUCAUGGCCUUCCCUGUCACGUCCAUCUUUCACACCUUCUCUCGCUCCUACGUGGAGCUGAAGGAGGAGCAGAGCCGGGCGUCGAGGCAGAAGCCAGACUCACAGGACAGCACCAAGUCCCAGAACAGCGAGGACUCUCAGGACACGGACAGCUACCACGGCAUCACGGAGGCCGCCGCCUCAUCCAUGCAGCGGAGGAAGACCUUGGCUGCUCACAGGGCUGCUGAGAUUAGAGCGCCUAUGAAAACUUAGCUUCUUCGACUGUCUGCCUAUAUGUUCAAGCAGCAGCCUGGGAGGAUGUAACAUCCUGCACUGGGACUUCAAAGAUGACAGCAGCAGGAUUUUUUUUCCUCUGGAGCUUCAGGUCUCUGCUUUGAUCAGCGUAUCUGAGUUUCCUGGAUUUUACAAAGCUGCAGAGGUCUGACUUUAAAAGAUUGAGGAUGAAACAAUAUUCAUGAUUAAACAACUCAAUACUUAUAAUAUGAUAUUGACAAACUGAUGGAGACAGUACUCUUGCUGACUGCGAUUCAGGCCAAGUCUGGGCAAAAGGGAAAAUAAUACCAAAACAUCACUUUCAGAUGUUAUUCACACCUCAGACAAAUAAUGUAUGUUUCUCCUGUAGCUGCAUUUGAGAGGAUUGACUUAAAUAAAGGUGUUUGCUGUGAUUUCAGACAGGCAGGUAUUUAUCAUCUCCAUUCCCGCUGUAUUGUAUUUGGUAAAACCGAAUAACUUGUAAAUUGUACGUUAGACUCAUACAAGUGUGACUAGUACUCAAUGAUGUCAGGAUAUUUAUUUGCAGUUAAGCAGAACAAAUGAACCAAGUGAACCAAUAACAUAAAAAUGUAUGUAUCUGCCCAAGGGCUCUGCAGUGUGCUGGGAAGCUCUGUUGAUUUUGGAUGGUUGAUACCACUCUCAUCUCUACAUGAAAGCUCACUUGUUGAUCCUUUAAAAGAAUUGUUUGUUAUUCUGCUGGUUGCAAAGAAUGAAGCUACUGCUAAGAUUAGCUCAUCUUAUUUUAACAUAGUGUUGGCGCAUGGUGAGGUCAGACGCUCAGGAAGUUGCUUACACCAAGAAAUAAUCUAACAAAUGAAACCAAACAUAGUCCAUUUUACAAUUACAGAUUUUUGUACAGGUUUGACUGAGAUAUAACUGGGUAAAACAGAAUGUUUAGCAUUGGUGUGAGCCAAGCUAACUUUUGCUUUGGGGCAUCAUUCUAAACUAAGCCAAGCUAAGCAGCUGUUGCAACAAACUUAAAUGAAAGAACCUUUGAGAAUGGUUUCUAACUAAGAAAUAAUAAUCCUAUUUCACAAAAUGUGAGCUAACAACAUUUGGCGUAUGACCAUAUACAACAAGCAUUAUUCACAGUGUGACAUUAGCGUUUUCAGGAUUUGGUUUUGAGUGACAGUUCAUACUCAAAACAGUCAACCAUACCUCACAGUCUUCAACAGCUAAUGUAGUUUAUUCAGUUGUCUUUGAUGUGGCUUAGCUUAAUUUAAUAUUUCUCCAAAGAGGAAAACUGCAGGGAAUUCUGAUGAAAGCCAUGAGAUGCAGAUUAGAGCUCUAGAAAAAAAAACAUUGAGUUGACCUUGACUUGAGAUUUUUCUGUCAACAGGCUAGGGCUUGGUUGUUACCUUGCUAAAGAUAAAAAAAACGUAUUCACUUUUGGGAAAGCUGGUAUUGUCAUUGAUAUAUAAUUGGGUAAGUUGGAAGCUAUAGAAGAUGAAUGGUAAGGAUUCUGGUUACCCCCUCACAUUUCUACAGUGUAUCCAUAAUUCCUUUAUUGGUCUUCGUGGGCCAUGUACACCACAAAGGCCGAACCAAAAUUAGACAGUCUGAUCUACUUUCCGUGAUUGUCGUCACCAGCUCGUCCCUUAUUGCUGUUGUUUAACAACAGAACUGAAGUCACGUACCGUUAGCUGUUCGGUGGGAGAUGAAGCGUGAUACCUAAAGCACUGGAAAUCUCUUGCCACCGCGAUUACCUCUGAAAAAUGAUUUGUCACCAAAGCGCAAUGGAUCCCAGGCUAUAAUAUAAAUAUAUAGUCUACAACUAUAUGAUACAAUGUAAAAUUUGUAAAAAAGUUAGCAUUUUCCAAAUUUCCGUAUAGGAAAUCAAAAAAUCAAUCAAUGUGAGAAGUGGAGAUGCCAGUAUGUUGGUGCCUCUCCUUUUGUUGCAUUUUGGCUGAAUUCAGAGUAGCCUAUUUCUUUAGUUUGUAUUUAACAAGUCAGAGAAAUUAACACUUACCAAAAGGUUGACUAUCUUCAAAGAGGCUGACUUUUUUGAAAUAUUAUACAUGCUCCUUAGGGCAAUAAGAAUAACAGACAUGAAAGGCUAAAGUCUAAACCCAUUUCAGGUGUUUCAAAUAACUUUUACAUUAUUUCCUCAUACAAUUACAAAUACAGCACUUCAUUUCCCUUGACUUGAAGGCUCUACACUUAGAAGUGACACAUUAAAAAGCCAUUUCCUUAAAUUGUUGUCAGGUUGGAACCAAUCAAGAGACAUGCGAGUGCCUGAGAGUGCAAAUUAGGUUCAGUUAUUUUUUUAUAUGCCACACAGAUUGUGAGGACCUGUAUUUCGUGCCAACUCUGAAUCGCAGUCUCUGGAUUAACUGAAUGAUUUAUAAGCAUGAAAAUAUUAGCCAGAACACUCCACUAUCUAACUAUUAUAUUUAGGUUUUAAUGAAUUAUUGUUUUGAUGAGGAGUGGAUGGUGCGGAGAGACAUCAUUUGAAUAGAAAUCCAAUUGAAAUGGAUUUGUGCUUGGCGUCAUGAGUCCGUAGCCUGAGGAAGGGCUCCUUUUGAAAAAUGUAAUAAAGAUUAUAAUGAACACA